AUGAUUAUGACCCAAGAAUAUAGAUUUUCAUGCCUUAGAUGGAGAAGAUGUGACACUGCUCAAAAUACAAAAACAUCUAAAAUUACCAACAAGAGUCACUCCCGUGGUACAUUGGUUUCUAAGAAACCACUAGUAGUCGUGAACCAGUACGAAGGGGACAAUAUUGGUACUAAUGAACUAUUAGCGGAAUAG